CAUUUUUCAAAGACCAAUACAUCUAAGGAUGCUAAUAGUGACUAAUAAGUGCAAAAGUGACAAUACGCUCGGUGAAUAAGGACAACUUAAAAAAAUCACAAAAUUAUUAUGAUGAUUUUGCAAAAUUAAAGACGAACACAGCGACAUCUCCUAGCGAGUACCGGUAUUACUUCACUACAUCGAUACUCAGCGACCGUUGAGCCAUCCUAGUUCCAUCGAAGACCGAUAGAGGGCAGUAGUAAUACCAAAACAACGUAUUAUUUACUUCAAAUCCUUGUUGUCGUGUAAUAACCCAAUUAAUCAUGGAUGAAGUAAUGAGCAUGCUUCGGAAAAUCCAAAAAGAACUAGACGAACAAAAAUCAACCAUUGUUCAAUCAGCGGAAAAGGUCACGGAACAAGUUACACAAAAUAUACAAUGUAUUUUCGAAGAAAAGUUUAAAAUUCUUGAGGAAAAAUAUGAAAACUUAAAGGAAAAGAUUGAGAACCAAGAGAAAAGAUUAUAUUUUCUAGAAAAACAGUCAAGACAAAGGAAUGUAGUAUUUUUUGGAAUAGAGGAAAAGGAAAGAUCAUAUGCAGACUUGGAAAAGAAUUUAUUACAGUUCAUAAACGAUAACUUCUCUUUAAACAUCAAUAAAAUAGAUAUACAGGAAAUCAAGAGAAUAGGGAAGAAAGACAACAAACCUCGCCCUGUAAUUGCUACAUUUACCACUUUAGGCACAAAAAUAGAAAUAUUCAAAAAAAGUUAUACUUUAAAAAAUACACCGUACUAUAUAAAGGAAGACCUACCAAAGUAUGUUUUAGAAAAAAGGAAGGAAUUGCAAGAGCAACUCAAACUUGAAAAAGAAAAAGGAAACUCGGGCACCAUCAGAUAUGACAAGCUCAUUAUAUUCCGCAAAAGUUCUGAGGAAACAAAUACCAAAAAAAGAACACUUACAUUAUCGCCAGACAACAACCACAAUCCCUCACAAGCCGAACCAAAAACCUCUGUAAACAAAAAGAACAAAACCUACGUCGCAUUAAGGAGGACGUCCAGCGUAUCAGAAGGAACUUCGAAACCAGGAAUACUUAACUAUAUAUAUAAUAAAAAUUGCAAUAGCCUUCCCAACGAUACACUUAACUCACGCAAUGAAUAGCAAUCAGACAACCCCUCUCAUUCAAAACUCAAGCUAUUAGAAAAAAGAACUAAAUGUAAAAAAACAUAUUAUCU